CCUGCAGAGGUCUGACUGAUGCAGCUCGUAGUCAGGUUGGUUGUCGUGCUCGUCUCCUCACUUGGUUGCCACAACUGCAACUACUGCUUUGAAUCUGCGUCGUGGAGAGGAGAGGAAUUUUUACUACAGUCUCCUCACAAGAACAAACCCGAGGCUGGCUGGCUGUGGGCUACUCUCCCUCCUCACUGGUGGUAUUUUAAACCCUCCGGUUAUCAUAGUAAUCGUGUUAGGUCAUGGCGGAAACAUUAAGGAGGUUGACCAACACGUCUUCUUUCAGCGUCUUACAGGACAAGCUGGAGAGCUGGCACAGAGACUAUCAUGUGAUAUCCUGUGACCAGAAUCUAAACAGAUGUUGUGAGUUGAUUGAACUCACUGCCAAGAUACAAGGCCAACUGUUCACCAUCCUCAACCUCGCAGCUGUUGAAGGUGGACACUAUGCUGGAGUGGACACUCUUAAAACACGCCUGCUGCCAUGGCUCGGCACAUGUUUCUCCAUGGCGAGGCCUUCAGUCUCUGAUGACACCAGUUUACAGCUCAUCCAGGAGUCGGUGGAGAAGGACCGGAGGAUCAGGGAACUCUCGGCCUCUCAUGACAAUGACGUUCAGAAGUUAGACACUCAGCUGUGCUCCACUCGCCUGCAGCUGGACUCUGUCAGAUCAGAGUUGUCCGAGGCUCAGAAUGAACUGGAUGAGACGAAGAGCAAAUCGGCGACAACUCUGCUGGCCACUGAGGAGGAAAUAUUACAACUGAAGGCAGAUUUGCGAUCAGCUCACGAGCAGCAGGAGAUUUACAGGAGGAAGCUGGAUGCUCUCGAUGACUACGAGCGUCAGAUUCGCUUACUGAGAGAUGAAGUGUCUUACCUGAACACAGAGAAGGCCAUGCUGCAGAAGAGGUUGAUGAGGAGUCGUUCUCCGAGCCCCCCGCCUCGACUCAGCCUUUCUUCCAGCCCGGUGAGGAGCGAGUCGCCCACCAGAGCUCAGCUGACUAACUCGUCCCGACACGCUCGCCUCGUGUCUCGCCUCAGCGACCUGUACUCUGUGGAGCGACUCGAAGCCCAGAACCUGCUGAGACGAUACAUCGCUGACUUAGAGAUGGUCCAGAAAAUCAUCUUCAUCGCUGUCGUGGAAUCCUUCAAUACUGCCAAACUGGCUUACCGUCAGUUCAAGCUGCGUGUGAGGAAGACGUUGUCAUCGACCCACUUCGGUGUGGAGAGUCUGGAGGACGCAGCUGUGGACUACAUCGUCAGAAACCUGGACCUGUACGACAUCCAGACCAGCAUCAAUGAUGUGAUCAAUGCCAUGAACGUGAACCCCCGGAUCUCUUUCCCCCCAGAUGUGGACUUUGUCCUCAUCAGUGCUCUGAUCAGAGAGACGUGCAGGGUAGCCUUCGCCAUGCAGACGCUGGACCCUCCCCUCGAUUUGGCUUUUGCAAGUGAUGGAGAACUUUAUAACGACAACAGGUAUCGUCGCAGUUAUGACUCUGAGUUCACGGCUCCUCUGGUCAUGUACCACGUGUGGCCGGCUCUGAUGGAAGGAGAUGUUGUGCUGGUGAAGGGCGAGGCUGUGACCAGAAGAGGAGCUCUGUGGAGCCGUAGUCGGAGCAGGAGCGUCAGCCCCGUGCGCUCUCGCUCUCUCAGCCCAACUCGCAGUCUUGUAUUUAACAGCAAAAGAAGUCUGUCUCCUGAGCGCCUAAGAGCCAGCUUCCUGUGAACUCAGUGAACAGGACCAGAAUAAUCACCUCAUAUCAGAGAAAUAAAGUUUGUGGUAUUUAAAGUUAUUUUAUGGUUACAUGAAUGCUUCAACCAAAUAAUGCAAUAACAUCCUCAAACCCUGAACCACAUCAAGGCUGCUCAGAGUUUACACUGCAGGAGGGGCUUUGAUGGGACCCUUACAGUAUCUUAACGUCAGUAUAUUAUUCUGCACAGUUCCUCCUGAAGGAUUGAAGGUGCUGUUUAUUCAUCAUUUGAACAAACCCUGGAGUCACAAUACAACUAAGGUUGCAGAUCAGAGAG